AUGAACGCCACGGGCUCCCCCGCCCCAGAGGUCGCAGGAGGUGGCCGGGGGAACGGCAGCCACAGCGCAGACCCGGAGCAGGGCCGCUUUGAGGAUGCGUACACAGAUUUUGUUCUGUUGGUGGUCGAUGUCGUCAGCCUCCUGGGCCUGCUGGGGAACGGGGCCGUCGUCUGGCUGCUGGGCUUCCGCGUGCAGAGGACCCCCUUCUCCGUCUACAUCCUCAACCUGGCCUGUGCUGACUUCCUCUUCCUCCUGGGCAGCUUUUCAGGGGGCAUAAUCAGAGUGAUGGCCCGCUCCUCGGAGAAGGUCGGCCAUCUGGUCUACUCCGUGCAACUGUCCUCCUUCCUGGUGGGCCUCUGCCUGCUGAUGGCCGUCAGCUCUGAGCGCUGCGUCUCCGUGCUCUGCCCCCUGUGGUACCGGUGCCGCCGGCCGGCCCACCUGUCCUCCCUCGUGUGCGGCCUCACCUGGGCCCUGGGCGCGGGCUCCCUGGUGGCCUGCCUUCUGUGCUGGAUCUCCGCCACCUUCCCGUGCGAUCCGAUGUUCGUCGCCUGGGGAGUGACGUCCGUCCUCACCUGCCUGGUGCUCUGCGCGUCCAGCCUGACCCUGCUCCUCCGGGUCCGCUGCGGCUCCGGGCGGCGGCGGCCCGGCAGGCUGUACCUGACCAUCGCGCUCAGCGUGCUGGCCUUCCUGCUGCUGGGGCUGCCCUAUGGCAUGUGGGUCAUCGCCGACGGGCUCCUCAAGGUCUGUUCUCACAGCCCCGCUCUGUGGCUCACCCUCUAUCUCCUCCAGGUCCUCAACAGCGUGGCGAACCCCCUCAUCUACUUCUUUGUGGGGAGGCGCGGGCAGCUCAGGGGCCGGAGACCCCUCCGUGAAGUCCUGCACAGAGCGCUGGCGGGCGAGGAGGAAGAGGAGGGGGGAGGCGGGCAGGGCGGGGGUCCCCGUCCCCCCGAGCCCUCCUGGCGGCAGAGCUGA